CCACUCAAUUUUUGUUAAUAAUUUGUGGAGGAGAAUCGUUUCCUCUCGGAGGCGGCGUGGGCCACUUGGUGGUAAUCACUAUUGUUGAUUGUGCUUGCACUCGAUUUGAUAGCUUCUCACAGGAAUACAACAAUAACUCGAAGGAUGACUGAAGAGAACGAAAAUGAAGACUUCUUCGAAAUUGUGGAAUUUGUCAACGAACGAUGUCGUGAUGGAAAAAAAUGCCUUGAGAUCUCUGGUCGCACAUGGAUAGUGAAUAGAGUUGGGCAGAGGGCUUCUUGUUAUUUCCCACCACUGAAAGAUUAUGGAAAAUUAGAUGAAUGGCUAAAAGAAAAGGCUGGACCAGUGUCGACGUGGGAACGAUUUGAUGUAGAGAUUCUUGGUAGUGCAGCCACAUACAAAAAAGCACAAAAGAAACUUAAGCACUUCUAUAAGAGCCUCUCAGAUUUAGAAACAACUGACGCAGAAGGUGAAGACACGCAGGUUUCCAAAAUCUCCAAGAAACGUGCUCAGGCGAUGCUGAACGUCGUGUAUCCCUUGGAAAAUAUAAACGAAGAAUCUCAGGACGAAGCCACAGCAGACAAUGACGUUCAGAAGAAAACUCAGACUGCUGUCGUUUUACAAGGCCCUGCUCAGGAUCCACCAAGAGUGUCUCGAUCAACAAAUGAUAAGAGGUUAGCUCCAGCAAAACCUGACAAGAAGGCAGAAUUGGAAGCACGUGUGCUCGAAUUGCGAGAAGAGGCCGGAGAUGAUCAUUUAAAACAGUUUAUUGUUGAUUAUUUUGACGCAACAUUAAGUUUGACCCUGCAUAAGAUCAGAAAUGACCUGGAAAGUCUGAAACGCUCAAGCAAUUAUGAUCUGAAGAAAACGAAAGAUGAAUUGAAGGAGUCAUUUGCAGUUCGUCCUUUUGCACAGAACGAUUCUAAUAUCAAACUUGUGGAGAAAUUGGGUACUGCUCUGCCCAUAAAAAAUGCAAUUGAUUUCGAUACAUGGGAAAAAUCGUUGAAUCCAGAAGAAAAUGCAGAAAAUGCUGCUGCAGCAAUUGAAAAACUGAAAAUUCUGAAACAAUUCAUGAGCAUCGAGACAUCAGGAUCUACAGAUCAUGCAGCUGAUAUAAAAACUAUCCUUAGUCUACUGAUAGCUAAAGCCGUUCAAUUGGAACACAGUGGUGCUGGUCGUAAAGUGCAUGGCAUGGGCAAAAAGAAUUUCAGUGCCACUUGGACAUACAAAUGCAUGAAUGACGACAAACAGUACCUAGAAAAAAUGGACUUUUCUCCAGGAGGAACUAAACUCCCUACAAGAGGAAGACUAUUAAAAAAUAAAAAUAAAAAUUUCUAUUCAAAAUUAUUGAGUGCAAAAACAUUGAGUGAUGACGAUAAUGAGUGUGGUGAUGACGGAGAUAGAGAAGACGACACUGAAGAAGCCUCGAUCAGGAGUGCUGAGAGUGCAGCAGAGGAUGACGAUGAGAUAGGAGAAAUAGCUGAGAGAGGUGAAGAGCGGGAAGACGAUGUGCCGGAGAAAAAACAAAAGCGUCAUGAACGACUCGCUCAAAUUUACGACAUCUCCGAGGGAGAGAGUGAAGAUGAACUCGGCCAUGGUGAGUUGAGUCCAUGCAUGGAGGGUUUCUUCGGUGAGCUUCCUCAAUCAUCAGACUGGUCAGUCCAGACUGACGAGGUGGAAUUGCUCGAUGGAUCUCGUCAGGGUCUAGUUAAGUGUUCUUAA